AUGGCCGCCAGUGAUCAAUCGGGUGACGAUUCCCUAUAUCCUAUAGCUGUAUUAAUUGAUGAACUUAAAAAUGAGGAUGUUCAGUUGAGGUUAAACUCUCUAAAAAAGCUUUCAACCAUAGCACUUGCACUGGGUGUAGAAAGAACAAGAAGAGAAUUAAUUCCUUUUUUGACAGAGACAAUUUAUGAUGAAGAUGAAGUAUUAUUAGCUCUUGCUGAGCAACUUGGAAAUUUUACUAACCUAAUAGGUGGUCCAGAAUAUGUUCACUGUCUUCUGCCUCCACUCGAAUCUUUGGCUAUGGUUGAAGAAACAGUUGUAAGAGAUAAAGCUGUUGAAUCAUUGAGAAUUAUCUCGGCACAGCAUAGUCCGAGUGAUUUGGAAGCACAUUUUGUACCUCUGGUUCAAAGACUUGCUGUGGGUGAUUGGUUUACUUGCAGGACAUCUGCAUGCGCCCUAUUUUCUGUUUCUUAUCCAAGAGUGAGUUCUGCUGUUAAAGCAGAUCUGAGAUCUCAUUUUCGAACACUCUGUCAAGAUGACACUCCAAUGGUACGUCGAGCAGCAGCUUGUAAAUUAGGAGAAUUUGCCAAAGUUGUCGAAUUGGAAUAUCUCAAGUGUGAAUUGAUUCCAAUGUUUGUGUCUUUAUCCCAAGAUGAACAGGAUUCAGUGAGGUUACUCGCAGUUGAUGCAUGUGUUACAAUUGCAACAUUAUUACCCCAAGAAGAUGUCGAGCAACUAGUUAUGCCUACUCUUCGUUUGUGUGUGGGUGAUACUUCUUGGAGGGUCAGGUACAUGGUCGCUGAUAAAUUCACAGAACUUCAAAAGGCUGUUGGUCCGGAAAUCACUAAAACAGAUUUAGUUCAAGCUUUUCAAGCUUUAUUGAAAGAUGUAGAGGCAGAGGUACGAGCAGCAGCGGCCAAUAAAGUAAAAGAUUUUUGCCAAAAUUUGGAUUCAGCCCAACAGGAAGCAAUUAUCAUGAGCAAUAUUUUGCCAUGUGUUAAAGAAUUAGUAGCAGAUCCUAAUCAACACGUGAAAAGUGCUUUAGCAAGUGUUAUUAUGGGUCUCAGUCCGAUUCUUGGUAAACACAACACAAUCGAGCAUUUGCUGCCACUAUUUUUAUCUCAACUAAAGGACGAAUGCCCGGAAGUUCGUCUUAAUAUCAUUUCGAAUUUGGAUUGCGUAAAUGAAGUCAUAGGAAUUCAACAGUUGUCGCAAUCAUUACUUCCAGCUAUUGUAGAAUUAGCAGAAGAUUCAAAAUGGCGCGUCCGUUUGGCUAUUAUUGAAUAUAUGCCACUGCUAGCGGGUCAACUUGGCGUUGAAUUUUUCGAUGAAAAAUUAAAUUCUUUAUGCAUGACUUGGCUCGUGGAUCACGUCUACGCCAUAAGAGAGGCUGCUACGUUGAAUCUAAAAAAAUUAGUUGAAAAAUUCGGUCCUGAUUGGGCGCAAAACACGGUCAUACCAAAAGUGUUAGCCAUGUCACGCGAUCAAAAUUACCUCCACAGAAUGACGUGUUUGUUCUCCGUCAACGUUCUCGCUGAAGCUUGCGGAGCCGACAUAACGGCCAAGCACAUGCUUCCGACGGUCAUAAACAUGGCUGCCGACAAUGUACCUAACGUGAGAUUUAAUGUAGCUAAAACUCUACAAACCAUCGGACCGAUUCUCGAUCAAAAAAAGAAAGAAAAAAAAAAAUUUUUUUUUUUUUGA